GUCCUGAAUUCUAAAUUUUGAUGGCGAUCGUUAGAGAAAAGUAGAAAUAGACAAACGUCGGAUUUGAAGUUCAAAACCAAACGUCGCACGAUCCUGGCACCGAAGAGGAACGGUAACAAAUAGGCGAUUCUUAGGGUUUCUUUUUGGCCUGCAUCUGCAAUCUGCAUGUUGUUUCUUGUUUUCCAGUUGUAGAAUUUUUCCUUUCGAACCGGAGAUGUGUGAUGCGAAGGGGAACGAGGAACCUACGGAAGAUGUUCCAGUUGCUUUAAGUGAAGGCAACCAAGUUAAUUCAAAAGAUGAGCUUCAUGAUUCUCUCUCUGUGCCAGCUGAGGCAACUACCAAGUCUUGUGAAAAUAAGAUUGAUUCACCUAAGACUCAUGUACCUGAAGUUGUGCCUCCUGAGGAUAAUUUAGAUAUACCUCCAAUUACUCAGCAACCGAAUCAAGAAUCGGCAACUUCACCUCCCCUGGAUCAUGACCAAGAGUUGGAUAAGCCUGAUGCUGAACCUGCCUCUGAUGUCAAGACCGGGCCUGAUGAGUUGCUGCCAAGGGAGGUGGGUCUAGAUGCUGCUACCUCUAACACUCACCUGGAAACGAUUCAAUCCUCCAUGGAUGCCAAAUAUGAGGCCAUUGAGAUGCCUGAAAUUAAAACCGGUUCUCUAGAUGACACUUCAACUGCAAGUCAUGAAGAACCUGUAACUCCUCAUCCAUUGUCAUCUGGUGUUAAAGCUGAAAUGGAGAAUGCCAUAGAAUUGAAGGUCAAUGAAGAUAGUGUUACUACACCUCAUAACGGGCAUUCAAAUGUGAACCACUCGUUUCUUUUGGAUGAAAAUCAUAUUGCUGAAGGUAGCGAAUCAGGAACAGAAGAAGAGCAAUCUGCUUUCAUGAAGGAGCUUGAGAAUUUCUUCAGAGAAAGAAGCCUGGAAUUCAAACCUCCCAAGUUUUAUGGAGAGGGUCUGAAUUGCCUCAAGUUAUGGAGGGCCGUGACUAGAUUGGGUGGCUAUGACAAGGUGACUUCAUGCAAGUUGUGGCGGCAAGUGGGAGAGUCUUUCAAGCCCCCAAAGACAUGUACGACAGUAUCAUGGACGUUUCGAGGAUUUUAUGAGAAGGCUCUUCUUGAUUAUGAGAGGCAUAAAACCCAUGGUGGUGAACUCAGUGUACCUAUUGCUUCCAACUCAGAACCUAUGAGUAUUGAAAACCAGGGAUCAGGUUCAGGUAGAGCACGAAGAGACGCUGCUGCACGUGCAAUGCAGGGCUGGCACUCACAGCGUCUUCUGGGAAAUGGUGAAGUUAGUGAUCCUAUUAUCAAGGAUAAGAACUCACUUUCAGUCCAGAAAAGGGAAAAACAACUUAAAAGCAUCGGUCUUCUCAAGCGGAAGAAACCAUCUUACAUGGAGCAUCCCAUGAAGUCAGCACGUACAAAAUCAUCAAAACCACAGUUGGAUGUGGCAGUUGUUGACAUUGGACAACCAGCUGAUUGGGUCAAGGUCAAUGUGCAGAAAACUAAAGAUUGUUAUGAAGUCUAUGCAUUAGUUCCCGGACUACUUCGUGAGGAGGUGCGUGUUCAGUCUGAUCCAGCAGGACGCUUGGUUAUUAGUGGUGAACCUGAACAUCCUGAUAAUCCAUGGGGUGUCACACCCUUCAAAAAGGUGGUCAGCCUACCUUCAAGAAUUGACCCACACCAGACGUCUGCCGUUGUCACAUUACAUGGACAGUUGUUUGUUCGUGUUCCAUUUGAACAGUUGGAAUGAUGGUGUUAAGCUGGAUGUUUAAACCAAGCUUGUAGUUUGAUAUAUUAGUCGUCCUAUAAUGUUCAUACAGUUCGAUAAUAGCAAAACUGUUUAGGAACCAUGAUUUUGUUCUGUAAGAUAUUUGGUAGUGGUUAGCUGGCAUCUAACAGGCUAUUACUGUAUCUUGUACCUAAGGCGCCCCCUCUAAUCUAAGGUAGAAAGUUUACAAGCUGAUACAUUUGGUUAUUUUCCUUUACAGCGAAGCUUACAAGAGUAAGGGUACUGUUCGUUGCAUUUGGGCAUU